AUGGCGUCUUUCAACAAUUUCAUGGACCAGUUCACCUUAGCUCCGGAGUUUGCACCUCGCCAAGAGAAGUUAGUGGACCCAGAUCCUUUCUAUGACGUGCUGUCAUCCAAACUUGGUUACCUGAGAGAUCAGGCGAAUCAAAAUAGUUCACCGCACUCGUCGGUGUCGAGCGCAUCCAGGGAUUCGAUUUUCAGCAAUCCGAGUGCCUUCACUCUGCCGGUCGAGCUACAGGGCGGUGUGUCGAACAUUUCCUCGAGAAGACCAAGUUACACCGCAGAGCUAUACUACACGACCCAUAACAAGCUGGAUCUUCCACCGGCGUUUGCACAAGUUCCACCAUGUACUGCCUCAUCCAGAUUCUUUGAUGUGGAUCAUUCGAGAACCCACAGCCUGGAUUUUUCAGCGUCCUUUUUACCCCCUCUGAACUCCUUUCUUCCGCAGGUCCAUUCACAGGAGUCUUUAGUCACGCUUGAUAACGGGUUACUUCUUGAGAAAGUGUCAAACUCCAUUGUCACGUCCGCAGAGCUGAAGGCCCAGUUUCUCAAGGACGCCAAAUACUUUGGCGACUUUGACGUUUCGAUGAAAAUUGUGCACCAGCUAAACGUUUUGCUGGGUACCUCGCUGACCGAGACACCGGGACUUCUUCAAAUUCGAGUUGGCAAAUUAUUGGAUUAUCUUCUCACACAGAACGAGGACCUUGCAGGUUCGCCGCAGAAGGCCUCUAAGACCUACUCUAUGAUCAUCAACAAAAAUGGAAAACUGGACAUUAUUUCGUUGCCGAAAACAUCCAAUCUGAAGCUCACUCCCAAGGACCUCAUUAUCAUUGAAGGAGACCGCGGAAAAGAUCUCGUGAUGGUUCUCCAACCACAGAUCGAUUUUCGGUUUGCCUUGCUGUUCAACUAUCUCAAAAAGAAGCUGCAUCUCAAGUCACUCGAAUUUGGCAACGCCAAUUCGUCCCAGUCCCCAUCCAACAACAAACCGCAGAACAAUCAACACAACGCGAACAAUCAACGCUCGAUUAUUAACGAAGAUGAGAACUUCAUCACUUUACCAAACAAACAAAUUCUAAGAUUUGCUAAACCUCACGAACUUACCCAAUUGACGUCCAAAUAUAAUGAUGAAUUAAUGGCAUACCGCAUUUGUCUGAAUUACGUUCAAUCCUUGAACCUGGACCUAAUCAUCAAAAAUGUCGAAUUCCAGUUCGACAAGAAAAAGCUAAUCAUAUACUACUACUGCCUUCGAAGACUAGACUUUAGAGGUUUGAUCAAAGAGCUGUUCAAAAUCUACAAGACUAGAAUUUGGCUGUGCGCUGUGCUUCCUAUCGAAAAGUCGUUUAAACCGCUUUUGACUUACGAAAUGGAGAAGAAGUAUCACGGGUCGGGUCCGCUGGCCAGCUCCAGCUCCAGAUCCAACGAUCUCACUAUCGUCGACCCGCUGCCUGCUUCCGAAACCAUCCACUCGUUGGAAGAGAUCGAGGAGCCAGUGUGCUUCCACUCCAAGGUCUUCUUGAGUCUCAUCGAAUGGUUCAAAUUUGAGAUGCUUGACCAAGAAACAUUUGAUGAGAAAUUUCCAUUUUUGACAUGA